AUGCUUUUGCUUACUCUUCUCUAUGCCUUUAUUGCUGCCUCCCUCGCGUAUGGAGAACCCACAGUGCGGGGAGCUAGAACUUACCCAAGAGGUUCCUUGGGCGUUUCGGAGCUUGACCCGACUAUCGCGCACAAGUGCAAGCUCUAUCACCAAGUACUCCAAGGAGAAACUUGCUUAGAGAUUGCCCUUCAAUAUAAUAUCCCGCCCCAGGAUUUGUCUCGCUGGAAUCAUCUUGGAACUAGAUGCUCUAGGCUCAGGCCUGGGAGAGUCAUUUGCGUUGGAUUGCAAGUUACCUCCAAUAAACCAGUUCCUCGCUCAAUACCCACUGGCGGUCUUUGGGCGGAAGAUGCCCCGACGCCAAGUCAGCCAAAUGUCUCUAAGAAUUGCGUCAAAUGGUAUAAAGCGCAGCCAAAUGACAACUGCAAGAUCAUAGCAGAAGAAAAGUUCCAUUCCUUCACACUUGAACAAUUUAUACAAUGGAACCCAGACGUGGGUAUGGAUUGUACAAGUCUAUAUGCGGGAUGGUACUACUGUAUUGGUGUUUCCGGAUGGUCGUUUCCCACACCGACGAGGGUGCCUAUACCAACGACUACCUCGCCAGUAAUAACGACACUUACCCCCAUCCCAACCGGCCCUGGCCCCGAGCGUCAACAGCCAGGAACGAUUCGUGGCUGUAGGGCAUUUCAUUAUGUUCGGCCAAACGAUAACUGCAUCAAGAUUGAGGAAGCAUAUGGCAUUUCCGAUGCUGAUUUUCAUAGGUGGAACUCCGAGAUUGAUCCUGCUUGUUUGAAUCUCUGGGCUGGCUACUACGUGUGUGUCGGGGUAUAA